AUGGCCUCUUGGUGCUUGCCAUGGUGCUUGCCUGGCUGUGCUCUGGCUCUGGCUCUGGUGCUAGUACCAAGUAGUAGUAUUUUGCUCCCUCUGGCUCCCUCUGGCUCCCUCUGGCUCCCACUAGUAGCAUCCUCGGGCCCAUGUCACCUGCAGCUGCUGCGAGCGCCGUCACCGCCAUCCCCUAUCUGGCCUGUCGCCUGCCCAUACACCGCCAGCAUGCCCUCAGACCCACCUACAGCCUCUUCGUCGAUAUCAAUAGCCACUCCACACUCUGCCCGAGAUUGCUGCCCUCUGCUCUGCCCACGUCCUGCUGAGCGCCUGACCAGACCGCCACAUCAAGCUCGUCUCGCCAAUCUGCCACCUGCACACGUAGAUUGCUGCUCCACGCCCAUGGCAACGCUCACGCUCGGAAUACAGGCCCGUGCCACCUUCUCACCAUUCCAUCCCAUGCCACCACCAAGCGCCCACUAUCCAUCUACCUCUAGCUGUAUCUAUCCAAGUCGCCACUAA